AUGGGCUCGGAGCUGUCGCUGUUGCCAGCAGUGGCACAGUCGCAGCGGCGGAAGCCUGGCUGGCUCAUUUGGCUGGCGGUGGUGGUGGUGGUGACGCUAGCCACGGCGCUGCGGCAGCGCAUAGAGUGGGAAGCGGGAGGCGGCCUGCCGCGGCGCCCAGACCUGGGGCUCGACUCCGCCGCUCUGCACGCCCGCCUGACCCUGCCCUGGCGGGAAGCGCUGACUGAGAAGGAGCGGCGGCGUGGGAUCACAUACUACGGCAGCGGCGACCGGCUGCAGGCGCUGGGGCGGCGCCUGCUGCAGGGGCGCCCUGUCAGCAUCCACCUCAUCGGCGGCUCCAUCACGUUUGCUGGAAAGUAUGCGGCACAGGUGAUGCAGUGGCUCAACGCCAGCUUCCCGCACAGCGGCCACACCCUCACCAACCACGCCUUCCCCGCCAGCACCAGCAGCUACAUGGCGCCCUGCUUCGAGUGCAUGGUGCCAGAUGCCUCAGGCAGCUUUGGCCGGCUGGGAUGUGCAAGGGCUGCUUAG